AUGGUCCGUCGCGCAUCGCCGUCCCUCCCGCCUGCGCUUCGCGGCCGAGAAAAUGCAGGCGCAGCGGAAGAGGAAGCUCCAAGACCGCCCGAGCUCAGCACUCCCGAGCAAACCCGUCCAACAAGAUCCGUACCCGACCCACCAUGGACCCACGCCCGAGGAAUGCCGGGCGGUCCGGGACGAUCUCCUGGCCCUCCACGGCUUCCCGCAGGAAUUCGCCAAGUACCGAGAGCAGAGGCUGCGGAAACUGGGCCUCGUCGUUAAGGAAGAAGACGACGGGCACGGGCGGGGUGAGGUGAAGACGGUGCUCGUCGGUGAAGAGGAGGAGAGCGUCUUGGAUGGUCUGGUGAAGACCGUGCUGUCGCAGAACACGACCGACGUGAACUCCCAGAGGGCUUUCGCUUCUCUCAAGUCUGCUUUCCCCUCCUGGGAAGAUGUUCUUGCUGCUGAAUCAACAUGUAUAGAGGAUGCCAUAAGAUGCGGAGGUCUAGCCCCAACAAAAGCAGCGUGCAUUAAGAACAUUUUGACUUGCUUGCUUGAGAAAAGGGGCAAACUAUGCUUGGAAUUCUUGCGGGAUCUCUCGGUUAGUGAAAUUAAGGCUGAGCUAUCCCUUUUCAAAGGGAUUGGUCCGAAGACGGUGGCUUGUGUCUUGAUGUUCCAUCUUCAGCAAGAUGAUUUCCCAGUCGAUACACAUGUCUUUGAGAUUGCAAAGACUAUUGGAUGGAUCCCCACUACAGCCGACAGAAACAAAGCAUAUCUCCAUCUCAACCAACGGAUUCCAGGCGAGCUUAAAUUUGAUUUGAAUUGCCUCUUGUUCACUCAUGGUAAGAUGUGCCACAGAUGUGGCAAGAGAAAGGAUAGCCAACAAUGUGGCAAAACGAAGGGUAGCCAGCAAAGGAAGGAAUCCCCCGUCAAAUCCCCUGGCAAAGCUUGUCCUCUACUGAACUACUGCAACGAAGGCUCCUCUUGACAUGUUCUGUGGACCUUAAUCACGUUGCAUUUCGUACUUACGUACUCGUGGUUGGAAUUGCAUGCACCUAGACCACAAGACAACAAGGACCUCGCCAAAUUGGUGAUGGUGCUCGACCGUGGAAACAUAAAGAACGGGAAGCGUGCUACGCGGUUAAUUGAAACAUGAGGGUCCAUAUUCCGUAUGAAAGUGAAAUCAACUACAAGACAUUUGAGGAUUGAUUGAAUUCAAAGGUGACAUGAUGAAGGACGCCUUGGUAAACGAGUAUGGUUGUGGUUUGAAAUGCCUGAGGUUUCAAUCAUGCGCGGUCCUGGUCGGGGGUUGCCUUCUUUUUCAAGCAAAUUGUUCAAGAUGUGGUCACGAAACGAGCAAUGAAAGAUUCCUUCAAAUC